AUGGCUGCGCUCACGAUGCUACUCGUGGCUCUGCAACUGGCCGGCCUUGCCUAUGGCAAACCGAACCUCGCCUUUCCCCUCAACGCACAGCUGCCUCUCGCAGCCCGAUUAGACACUUUCUUCACCUACUCUUUCUCGCCACAAACUUUCAUAUCAUCCUCCAACAUUACAUACUCAUUCGGAAAAAACCAUCCUUCCUGGUUGUCAAUCGAGAGUGCGACCCGCAGACUUUAUGGAACUCCCAAGGCGGCUGAUAUCCCCGAUGGCGAUGUGGUUGGCCAAGAGGUCGACAUUGUGGCCACCGACGCCACUGGCUCAACUACUAUGGACUCGACGCUGGUAAUUUCGAGAAAGCCUGCGCCUGCCAUCCAGAUUCCUUUGCAAGACCAAAUAAAGACCUUUGGCAACUUUUCCGCACCCUCCUCUGUCCUGUCGUACCCGUCCGCGUCGUUUCGGUAUGCUUUCAACCCGGACACGUUCGGCAAGAACAGUGGACUCAACUACUACGCCGUCUCAUCCGACAACAGCCCACUCCCAGCGUGGAUUCAAUUUGAUGCUGCCUCAAUGACCUUCUCCGGCACAACCCCGCCCUUCGAGUCCCUCGUCCAACCGCCUCAGACCUUUGGCUUCAUCCUGGUCGCUUCCGACAUUGUUGGCUUUGCCGCCACCUCACUCGCCUUUAACAUUGUCGUCGGAAGCCACAAGAUUACCACCAAGAACCCUAUUGUUACGAUCAAUGCGACGAGAGGUAAUGCAGUCGAUUAUGAUGGCCUGGAAAAUGCCAUUGAUCUGGAUGGAAAGCCCGCGAAAUUGAGCGAUCUCGAUGUCACAACCGAAGGUAUGCCUCAGUGGCUCAAUUACGACAAGGAUACUGGCAAGCUGAGCGGCACUCCUCGCGAUGGCGAUCAUGCUAGUAACUUUACCAUAACUUACAGCAGCGUGCUUUCCGCCACCUUGGAUGUCCUUGUUGUUGUUAAUGUUGCUACUGGCCUCUUUCAGUCUACGUUUGAGGACAUGGAGGCCCGACCAGGCGGAAAAUUUGAUGUCGACCUCGGUCAGUAUUUCAAAGACCCGUCUGACAUCGAUUUGAACGUCACUACCAACCCAACUGAGCAAUGGCUCAAAGUUGACGGAUUCAAGCUUUUCGGCAACGUUCCGAAAGAUGCAAAGGGCAGCUUUGACGUCACUGUCGAUGCCAGCUCCAAGUCUUCCACCUUGUCGGAGAGCGAAAAACUUCAUGUCAGCUUCCUGGCACCGGACGGUACCCCGACGAGUACCUCAGUAACAACAAGCAGCCCCAGCUCAACGUCCACGUCCACGUCCACGAAUCAGCCUAGUGAAUCGCCUAUACCUGGAAUGGGAGGUCGACUCAGCACCGGAGAUAUUUUGCUUGCUACGAUCAUUCCAAUUUUGUUCAUUGCUCUUAUGCUUAUGCUCUUUGUUUGCUUCCUGCGACGGCGCCGUGCUAGCCGCAGUUACCUAUCGAGCAAGGCGCAGUCAAACGCCAUCAAUCCCAUCAGCAACCUGCGCCAUGGUUCGGACUCGUCAAAGCGCCGCGUUGAGAAGAUGACUGUCGUGCUAAACAAUGAGAAGCAUAUGCUGAAGCCAACCUCGGCUGCGUACGUGGAAGCGGUCCCUCGCACCUCGACAGCGAGACGGUCGUCAGAAACGCUCGGCGGAAUUGAGGAAGAUUACGAGGCAAUAUCAGCGCGGCCACGAACCGGCGCGGGACAGUCUAGCGCCCUUCGGAGCAUUAGCCCCUCCGGAAGCAAUGAUGGGAGGCGCUCCUGGGAAACUGUGGAAGGAGAUGUUCCAUACAUGAGCGGCGCCAAGUCAAUGCACAAUGGCGGCCCUCCGUCUCCAAACCCGAGCAUUCCUGACUCUACACAUCAAGUAUUCCCCACGGGAAGCUACAUGCGUGCCACAGGCUCCGCAGGAUACAAGAAAGACACGCAUGGCAUCGCGGGAACGAGGAAGCCGUCGACCAAGAAGGCUUCAACUGUCGCUUACACACCAGUAUACGGACGCCGAGACCAGAAGAGCGCCGAUACAUACUCAACCAAGACGACCAGCUCCGUUGCUCUCCCAAUCAACGAGCGUGGCCGCAACCCACGGCCGUUUGCGUCUACGAUAGCAGAAAGCGAGGCAUCUAACCCCAACUGGGAAACCGUCACUGUCUCUGACGCCAGCAAAAUGGAUCUGCGCCCGCCCGAGCAAGCCUACCUGACCGCCGGGCCUUCCGUAGAUGGCUUCGGAUGGGUCGACCUCAACUCCGACGGCGGUAGCCGCGGUCUCAGGUCCACUCCGUCGUUCGGGUCCGCGGAGAACUGGCGCGUCAUCAGCAAGCUAGAUCCCACAACGACGACCUUGUUCAAGGACAACGUGGAGGGCACACCGUUCAGCCCAGCCUCGGGGAGUCACCGACACGACGCGAUGUCCGGCGAGCCCUCCAGCCACACGGCCGCGCAGCAGGCGAGCAAAUGGGGCGAGGUCGGCGCGGAGAAGAAGACGACGAUUCACGAGAGUGCGAGUGUCCUAUCGACGGCUGCGAGCGGCGCGAGCGGCUUGGCGUGGCUAAAAUCCAACUCGGGCAAGCUGUCGACAGGCAGUAGUUUCAAAGUGUUUAUAUAG